CGCUCUCGGUGAAGUCAUUUCCAUGAAGGUGGCACUCCCUGAGCUUGGACCCUGAACUCUGUCAUAAAGAGGAAGAGAUUCUCUUUUAUAUAAACACACAGUUUGUGUGCACCACAGAAUACGCAUUUCCAUAUCAAGACUACUGAACAGGGUUUCUACACAUAAACUGUCAAAAUGGCAAAUAAAGGUCCAUCCUAUGGUCUGAGUCGCGAGGUGCAGAGCAAGAUUGACAAGAAGUACGAUCCAGAUCUGGAGGAGCGGCUGGUGGAGUGGAUAGUCGCUCAGUGUGGGGAUUCUGUAGGAAGACCUCAACCUGGAAAACAAGGCUUUCAGCAGUGGCUUAAGGAUGGAUGUGUUUUAUGUGAGCUGAUUAACAGUCUCCAUAAGGAUUCAAAGCCUGUGAAAAAGAUCCAAGCUUCUGGAAUGGCUUUUAAACAGAUGGAGCAGAUCUCUCAGUUCCUUGGUGCUGCUGAACGCUAUGGAGUCACCAAGUCUGACAUGUUUCAAACUGUUGACCUCUGGGAGGGUAAGGACCUUGCCGCUGUACAAAUGACGCUGAUGUCAUUGGGGAGUCUGGCUGUUACUAAGGGUGAUGGCUGUUACCGCGGUGACCCCAGUUGGUUUCACAAGAAAGCCCAGGAGAACAAGAGAGAGUUCUCUGAGGAUCAGCUGAAAGAGGGUCAGAGUGUAAUCGGCCUACAGAUGGGCACUAACAAAGGGGCAUCACAGGCAGGCAUGAGUUAUGGUCGACCUCGACAGAUCUUAAACAACAAAUAAAGACCUGACAACCAGUGAUCUAUCUUUCUUGGCUCAUCAGCGGAGUGGUCCAGAAGUAUAGUCUCACUUAAACCUUCAGCAAACCCCAGCUGGACAACAACAAUGAACAGAACACAGCUUAAACCAAAGUUUACAAACACAUUGUAUAAUUUCAACCUAAAACUUGCCUCAGUAACCAACCAUUCCCCACAUAUGACAUCCAAUACAUUCCACUAGAAUCAAGUCUGCCUUAAAUUCUAUUAGGGCGCAGACCGACAUACAUUCCAUUAUUCUAUUACAUACAUUCCAAAGAAAUGCAUUCUGCUGCACUCCAUGGAAACAAACUGAAUGUAAAUGGAAUUCGGCCUUGCACAGUCAGUUGUUUGUCUUGUCUUUCUGUGGAUCUGAUUUGUAUGAUGUGCUCCAAAUUCGCUCUACAUCCCUGAUCUACAAAUCAACAUGAAUCUAGGGCCUUUCAUUGAUAUGUUAAUACAUUGUACAUGAGUCACUAAUAAUUGAUUUUGCUAAUAAAAUUCAGUUACAUUUUGAAA